UAAUGUCAAUGGUAUUUAGCAAUCCUUCCAGCCUCAACACUAGUAAAAACCAUGAUUUCAAUGUUGUUAAGAGAAAGAAGGAUGUGCAAGGAAGAUAUUAUUCAAAUAAUAAUCAGAAAUAAAGUAAAGUCAAAAGAAAUAGCUGGGUAUAUUGAAAGCUUGAAAAAAGCAUCUGCUAAGAACAACCCUAUUGGACAUACAAAGAGUUCUAAAAGGGAUCUUAGUCAACAGAGACCUUCUCUUCGGAACAAAAGAGAUCUUCUAUCAAGGAAGAGCAGACAGAAGGUCGCUAGAAGAGCAGAUAAAAUCAUUACCAAUACAAGGAGAGUUAAUAAUCCGAACCAAGCCAAGUUUUUAGAAAUGAGUUCUACUCCUGAGUAUUCGAAUAAUCGCUAUAAUGGCACUAAGAAUCUAAACAAUAGCAAUAGUUUCAUCAGAGGCAAGAAUUAUCAUGAUCAGACUAAGCUAAUGGAUAGCAGUAUGCGCAUGAUGAGGAUGAGGCAGAGCGAAAGCACAAAGCCAGUUAGAAAUAUGAGAAUUACAGGUAGAACCCCAAGCAAGAUGCGAAACAGUAAGAUCAGAGCAAGCAGUAACCCAAGGCUUGGGAAAAGAGAUAUGCAUAGCAACUCUUCUGCUAAUUUUAAAGGAAGAAAGGGACAGUUAAUGUCUUCAUCAAAAUUAGGGAAGAUAAUAAGCGAGCAGACCAACAAUCUCCUAGAGCAGAAGGAGAGGAUCCAACAGAUAUAUGACCCAGGAAAUGUAAUUUUAAAAUCAACAGCCAGUAAUAUAAAAGUGGCAGAUGAAUUUCCAUCAAUUAAAAAUAAGAAUCUCAAUAGUGCAAGCAAAGUCAUAAUUAAUCCUGACAAUAGAGGAAAGAAAAUGAGAGAAAUCAUGUACAAUUCUGGAGAGUGGAGUAAUAAGCAAAAGAAGGACACAGAAAUACUUGGCAAAAUUCCUCAAGGUCUCAUGUCCACAGAAGUGGGGAGGAGGGAAAACCUUGCUGCUGAAGACUUUUCGAGAGCAAAGAAUGAAGCUACUUCUCACUCUUUGCUUGGCAAUAUGCAUCCAAAUGAGCAUAGGCUAAAGAAACAGCUGUUGAAGGAUAACUCAACUGUUCCUAUUAAAUAUGACACAACAGCUGUUAUAUCAGAAGAAUACUCGAAUUUUGAAGAUCCUUUUACUCAAAUGUAUACAAAUAGUAUCCUUUCAGGAGGAAGAAUGGAGAAGAACAUUGAAGAAAUGCAUUAUUUACAAAUCAAUUUAUGUAAACUAACCAGGAGGAUGCUUGAAAAGACAGAGAAAGAUAACAAAGAGCAUAAAUCUGAGAAAAAGCCUGGUACUAAGGAUCCUGAUAACCUAUUAGAAAUUUGAAGUGAAACUUCAAUAGAAUAACCAAUAUUUUCCAAUGAGUUUCAACUUUUUAAAUUUGA